AUGUAUUUAUUUUUAUAUUUAAUAACAUUUUAAAUAAUUUUUUAUUAUAAUAAAAAAAAAGAAAAUAGCAAAUUAGAUUUAUGUGAAGCUGAAUAACAAAAUUAUUAUACAUAUUAAAAUACAUAAUAAUUAUUAAAAUAAACAAUUGAAUAAAUAGAUGAAUUAUUAAAUAUAGAUAAGGUUAAUUUUUUAACAGAAAAUUUAUCUAUAAGUAAAUAUUAAAAAUUACAAUAAUAAGCAUUCGCAAAACAUAUAUAUUUAGUUAAUUAAUAAAGAGUUAAGAAAAGUAUUAUUAAUAAAUAUUAAUAUCAAUCUUUAAAUUAGUUAACUGAAUUCAUAUUAUAAAUAAAAAAUUAAGAUAAUUAAAAAUUCUUGUUAUGUUUAGAAUAAUAUUAAAAUAUUCUCAAUAAUAAUUCAAAUUAAAUUAAUAAUAAAUAAAGAAUUUACACUUUAAAUCUUCUUAAUAAUGUUCUAAAUCGAAUUCCUUAAAAUUAGGUUAAUUAAGUAAAGUUUUUAAGCCUUCUUUGUCAAGCUAUUAUAAAGGUUUAAGAAAAGAAAAUUAAGAUUUAAUAUAUAAAUACUUUAAUUGAUUAUUUAUCAAAUCAUUCAAAUUAAAUAAAAUAAGUUUUUUAUCAAUAUUUAUUGUAAGAUUAGUAAAAUUAAUUUCUUCUAUCUAUCAAAAAUUUAAUUUAAGAUACUUUUAAUGAACUUAAAGAAUUUUAGAAAGCUGAAAAUAUACAAAAUGAUGAAGAAAAAGAUUAAAACUUAAAAAUUUGGCAAAAUUUAAUAAAUUCAAAAAUAUAAUUUACGGAUAAAGAUUAUUUUUAGAAAAUAAUAAAUUAAAAAAUAUAAUAAUUUAUCAAAAUUCUAUAAUUAAUAAAAAUAUCAUGUGAAAAUAAUUUUUAUUAAAUGAAAGACUUCUUUAGAAUUCAAAUAAAUAUAAAUGGAAACUAAAAAGAAUAAUAGAUAAAUUUUAUUUUUCUUCUUUCAGAAUUAUUUUCAAAAUAUAUUAGAAAAUUAAUAAAUUAAUCGAAUUUAUAAUUAGGGAUUACUUUUAUAGAAACAUUUAUUUAAUUAUUAUAAGGUCCUUCCAUUUUAAAUCAAUACGAAUUAUCUUAAACUAAGUUUUUGGAAAAUAUUGAAGAUUUAAUGAUAGGAAUAUUUGAGGAUAAAAGUAUAAAUGAAGAGUUUAAAAAUUCAUAAUUACUAUAAUUUAAGUAUUAAAUAAUAACUACUUUAAUUUUACUUUUAGAAGCUAAUGAUAAUAAAGAAAUAAUUGAUAGAAUAAUUACUUUUUUAAAUCCUUAAAUUUUAUUUAAACAAAUACAUUUGUAUCAUAUUAAAUAUAUGGAAACUAUUGAUCUAUUAAAAAAGUAAAGAAUUAGAGGUAUUUAUUAUUUACUUAAGGAAAACCUUUUAGAAGAAAAUAUUUUUAAAGAAUUUUAAAAUCUACUGAAUAUUGAACAUAUUUAAGAGUUUUUUAAUAAUAACAAUAUUCAAAAAGAAUCUGUAUAAAUUGCUUUAGUAUAAAAAAGUGCAAAUAAAUAUUUAGAUUAUUGUUAUUAGAGUAUAAUUUUAAUUUAAUAUUUAUCAUUUUAUAACUAAUCUUUCAAAUAAUAAUGUAAAUACUCUAAAUAAAUUCUCGAAAUUAACACUUUCAAAUCUUAUUAAUAAUUAAAAAAAUAACUACUGUCAAUAGAAAUUAUUAACCAAUUUAAUAGUAUUUAAAAAAUAUAUUUUCAGAAACAUCCUUUAACCUAUUAUUUAUCUAGAACUUCAAAAGAAAAGUUUUUAGAAAAUGUAAAUAUUAAUACAGCAAAUGAUAAAAUUUAAGGAUUCCUGCAGACACAAAUUUAAUUUUAAGAUGAAAUGAUGCAUUUUUUGAAAUUAAAUGCUUUUGGAAUUAAUAUAUAACUAUCUUUUAUGUAGUAAGUUAAAAAUAUUAAUUUGCUCCUUAUACUUAUUAUAACAUUCUUUUUAUUUUUUGAUUUAUUCAGUAUUAUGAAUUAGUUUUUUUAAUUUAUCGCAUUAUUACAACUAAUAAUUUCAUUACUUAUUUGGUUUUUAUGGGCCAUUCUAGAGUUACCAUUAGAUUAUUUAAAAACUGAAAGAAAUAUACAAUAUAAAAUGGAAAAAUAUAAGAGAAAUAUGAUGAAUUUAAAAUUAUAGAUUAUAUUAGAAAUAAUAAAAAAUAAACAAAUAAUUUAUUUGACUCUUAAUAUAAUUUUAUCUAUUUUAGGAUUUUCAGUUUCGAAAAUAUUCUACUGUUUUCUUCUUUUGGAUAUAAUAGAUAGAUCUUCUGUUUUAAAAAAUAUAAUAAAAUCAAUAACUAUAAACUCUAAAUAGUUAAUGCUUUUAAUAAUUUUAGGAAUUAUACUCUUAUUUAUUUAUUCUACUAUUGCUUUUUAUAGUUCUAUUAAAUAAACUUUUAAAUAUAAUAAUAAUCCUGAAUUAGAAAUUUGCAAUUCACCUUGGGAUUGUUUUUUAUUUAUAUUAGGUUAAGCUUUAAGAUAAGGUGGUGGUAUUGGGGAUAUUGUCUAAAUGCCAGAUCCUUUUGAUUAGUAGAAUUAUAUUAGAAGAUUUUUUUAUGAUCUGACAUUUUACAUACUUAUUAAUGUAGUUUUUUUGAAUAUUAUUUUUUGUAUUAUUAUUGAUGCUUUUGCAGAAUUAAGAGAUGAGAAAAAAGCAAGAGAUAAUCAUCAAGGAAACAAAUGCUUUAUAUGUAAUAUGGAAAGAGAAAAUUUAGAAAAUCAAGGAAUCAAUUUCAUCAAACAUAGAAAAUAAUAACAUAAUUUAUGGAAUUAUGUUUUUUAUAUUGUUUAUUUAAAAACAAAAAUAAAGAUUUAAUUAAUGGAACAGAAUUUUAUAUACAAGAAUAAUUAAAAUAAAAUAAUAUAUAAUGGCUACCUAUAGGAAGGGCAAAUUUUCAUAAUAAUGAAAUAAAGUAAAAAGAUUAAAAUAUAAAAUUAAAUUAAUGAUUAAAAAUAAAAUAAUAAUUAAUUUAAUUAAAUAUAUUCAGUAUUAAUUUUGAUUUAUAAUUAAUAUAUUACUUUUAAUAUGCUCAUUUUUAUUUUUUAUGUGGUUCUAUUUAAAAACCUCUAUCAAAAAAAUGGUUAUAGUAUUAUUUUCUUGUCUCUUUUUUUAAAAAAAAUAUGUUAUAAAAAAUAAAUAAUUGAAAAAUAAAACAAAAAAGAUAAAAUUAUUAUAAUAUUAACUAAUAAACAUUAUAUAAUAUUUAUUUUAAUAAAAUAUUAUUUAUUAAAAAAUUUAAUAAUUUAAAAAAAUGUAAAACGAUAAAUUAGAGUCCACAAAAGUUCUUCCUAUUUAAGAUCUUAUUUCGAAAAACUUUAAACAUAUCGAAAAUUUUCCAAUACAAGGAAUUACAUUUAAGGAUAUAUCUCCAAUGUUGUAUAAUCCUUAAAUAUUUAAAUAGAUAAUCUAAGCUUUUGCACUUUAACUAUCUGA